AUGUUUACUAUUAUUAUUCCCUUUUUAUUUUUUCUUGGUCAAUCAGUUUAUUCACUAUCAGGUGGUCAAUGGUCAAUUCUAGCGUCAUCUCCCCAUUCUAGUAAUAAUUGGAUACAAGAACAACAAAGGCAUCAAGAAACCUCAAAAUGUUUAAAUAUUUCAGAAAGAUUUACUUUAUGUCAUGGAAUGCAAUAUAAAACAAUGAGAUUGCCAAAUUUACUUGAACACGAAACUAUGGAAGAAGCAAUUCAACAAAGUUCAGCAUGGAUUUCAUUGCUUCGAUUACACUGUCACCCACAUACUAAAUUAUUUCUUUGUUCACUUUUUGCACCUAUUUGUCUUCCUCAAAUUGAAAAACCUAUUCAUCCUUGUGAAUCACUCUGUAAUGCUGUUAGGGAAGGUUGUGCAACAAGAAUGGAGAAAUACGGCUUUCCCUGGCCAGAAAUGCUUAAUUGUAGUCAAUUUCCUUCUGAUAAUGAUUUAUGUAUUAAACCUCCCUCCUCUAUUACACCUACAACAGAUGAAGAAGAAGAAAGAAAAAGAAAAUAUCCACCGCCAUUACUUGCUAAUGUUAAAGGACAAAUCUGCAAAAGUUGUGCUCAAGUAGCCACAUUUGAAAAUUUAAUGGAUAAUUUUUGUCGUUCAUCUAUUGUCCUCAAAGUCAGAAUUCGCCCAAUAAAUUCAACAUAUAUGGCUAUUAUUAAAAGAAUGCGAAUAUUUAAAUCCUCAACUACCUCUGCUUCUGGUUCUAUUGGUGAAAAAUCUACAAGAGAUCCAAUUGAAGAUAAACAUAUUUUAAUUAAAUUAUCAGAACAUGGAGAAACUCGUUGUUAUUGUCCUUUUGCAGAAGUAAAUACAAGUUCUUUACAAGGUGAAGCAAAAGAGAGACAAUUAACUUUUUUGGUUAUGGCUAGCGAAAAAAGAAGAAAUGGAGAAUUAUUAAAUGCUAAAUUAAUUGUCCCUUGGAGACAAGAAAAGAGCUUCAAACAAGCAAUAAGGCGAUUUAAAAAAUUAAAUUGCAAUACACUUGGAAGGGAAAUUCGAGAAAGUGUACUUAAUCAAAUGUUUAGAAGAAAAGUUGGUAGAGGAAGGAAUUGA